GCGGGGGCCGACCCGGGCCACAAGGUCCGUCCGCGGGUUCCAGAGCCGCGCCGCCAGCCUGAACGCCGUACGCGGCGCCCCGGGGGAGAAGGGCAAAGCGACGCGGCUAUGGCUCCGCGGGGACUCCCGGGGUCUGCCGUCCUCGCCGCUGCCGUCUUCGUGGGAGGCGCCGUGAGUUCGCCGCUAGUGGCCCCGGACAAUGGUGGCAGCCACACUUUGCACUCGAGAACAGAGACGACCCCAUCGCCCACAAACAAUACUGGGAAUGGACAUCCAGAAUACAUUGCAUAUGUGCUUGUCCCUGUCUUCUUCAUCAUGGGUCUCUUUGGAGUCCUUAUCUGUCAUUUGCUUAAAAAGAAAGGUUAUCGUUGUACUACAGAGGCUGAGCAAGACAUCGAAGAGGAAAAGGUUGAAAAGAUAGAGUUGAAUGACAGUUUAAAUGAAAAUAGUGACACUGUUGGGCGAAUUGUCCACUACAUCAUGAAAAAUGAAGCAAAUGCUGACGUUUUAAAGGCUAUGGUGGCAGAUAACAGCUUGGGUGAUAUUGAAAGUCCAGUGACCCCCAGCACCCCUGGGAGCCCACCUGUGAGUCCUGGGCCCUUGUCACCAGGAGGUACCCCAGGGAAGCAUGUCUGCGGCCACCAUCUACACACAGUGGGUGGAGCUGUGGAGAGAGAUGUGUGUCAGCGGUGUCGGCAAAAGCGAUGGCACUUCAUAAAACCCACCAACAAGUCCAGAGAGAGCCGGCCACGGCGCCAAGGGGAAGUCACUGUCCUCUCUGUUGGCAGGUUUAGAGUUACAAAAGUGGAAAACAAGGCAAACCAGAAGGAGCGGAGAAGUUUGAUGUCUGUUAGUGGGACGGAGAGCGUCAAUGGAGAGGUUCCUGUAACACCUGUGAAGAGAGAGCGAAGUGGCACAGAGUAACAGCAGUGACUUUAUUUGAAGAGUUCUAAGAGACUGAAAAUUUACAAGAUAUGAAGUCGCCUAAGAAAUAUUUUUUAUAUUUUAUACAAUUUCUAUCUUGAAGUCAGCCGGCGUGUGGAUACAGCCUCAAAGGGAAUAUUGUUACUGUGCUAGAAACAGAAUUCAAUUUCCUUUGAAACAAGUUUUGGUUUAAAAAGUGUCUUGAAAAAAUGUAUUACAUUUUUAGGGAGGGAAAGAGCUCAUUUUUUUUAAUCUUGUCAGCGGCCCCCAGCCACCAUCUGUCCCAGUUGUCUAUCCCUGGGCUUGGGGUACACACAGUUUCCCCUUAGGAUCAUUAUGUGACAUACUGUGGAAUUAGUCCUGUAUUGUCUGAGCUCAUGCUCUGUGUAUAUGUGUGUUUCCCUUUCCAUCCCCCCAAAGUUUACCAUCCCCUUUUGAUACUGAUUGCAAGAAAAUCUCCAAUCAUUUCACCUCUAACCUUCCUUGCAUUGUCUCACACAUUAGAUUUCCUAGCCAGACUGUUACAAACAAAGAAACUUGAGUGACAAAAGGUCCUUGGAAAUAAUCUAGUCUAGUACUGAGAAAUUGAUUCUCCAAGACAUGGGGAGUCCAGUAGGACCAGAUGCUAGACCUUGGCUUCCUAGUCCAGGAAUUCAGCAUUAACUCUGCUACCGCCUUGCCACUCCCAUGUCACUGUUUUAGUCAGUUUUGUUUUGGUUAUUUUCUUCACUGCUGUGAUCGAAAGAACUGACAAAAACAAUUUUAG